AUGUCCACGAGCUGGGGAAAUCUUAGCCCUUAUAAGGAUGUGAGUGGCUUCGGUGUGCCGAAAGGUGUCCCAAGGGGCUGUGAACUCUCCCAGGUUCACGUCCUACACAGGCACGCACAGAGGUAUCCUACGUCGUGGAAGCUGGACGGCGGUGUCAUAGAGGAUUUUGCUCAGAAGCUGAAGAAUUACACCGAGCGCCAUGGCAACUCGACCGUGGGGAAAGGGUCUCUGUCAUUUUUGAAUAAUUGGGACUAUCUGCUAGGGGAAGAUCUCCUGCAGGUCUCUGGUGCUGCGACCGAGGCUACCUCCGGUGCAAAUGUCUGGUCUAAGUACGGCCGCGCCCUUUAUCGGGCCCCGGCUGGUGUUGCAUCUUAUGAUUCUUCUUUGAAUGUCUAUCCCAAUGGGACCGAGCGACCGAAGCCCAUCUUCAGGACGACAGACCAGGCGAGGAUCUUGGAGAGCGCCCACUGGUGGUUGAGCGGUUUCUUUGGAAAUACCGGCGCGAAUAGCUCCUACUCAGAGUAUGAACUUGUCAUCACACACGAGGGCUCGGGGUUCAACAACACCUUGGCCUCCGACGGCUCUUGCCCCGGAGACUUGGAAGAAGGCGAUAAUACGGGGGAAACCUUCAUACCAAGCCUCACCAAGGAUGCCCUGAAGAGGCUGUCAAAACUUGUCCCUUCUGAUUUCAACCUGACUGCCUAUGAUGUGGUUGGAAUGUUUAGUCUCUGCCCCUAUGAAACCGCAGCUCUGGGCAGCUCGUCAUUCUGCACAUUGUUCACGGAGCAGGAAUGGCACAAUUUCGAGUACUUUACUGACGUCCAGUUCUAUGGUAACUAUGGAUUCGGCGCCCCAACUGGCCGCGCCCAAGGAAUCGGAUACGUGCUAGAGCUCGCAGCCAGAUUGGAAGGCAAACUGAUUGAGACCAGUGAUACAAGCAUCAACACUACCAUUGACUCUAACCCUUCCACAUUCCCUCUCCACCAGCCGUUGUACAUGGACAUGUCUCACGACGAUGUGAUUGUUGCCGUCCUGACUGCGCUCGGCCUGAAAUACUUCAAUCAUGGAUUGAAGGGUUUGCUCGGUAAUGUGGACCAUGCUGUCCCGCGCACCUUCAAACUCAACGAGGUUACGCCAUUUGGUGCACAUUUAAUUUCGGAAGUCUGGACUUGCCCAGAACAGACCAAUUUCCAUGAACUGGAUGGUGCAUUGUACAGAAACCCGGAUCUUUUCUCAACACCCAACACAACAGACUUCAUUCGAUUUGUGCUUAAUGGUGCCCCUAUAUCUCAAGAAGGGCUAGAUGGAUGCGAGAAGUCUAUCAAUGGUUUCUGUGGGGUGCAGGACUUCUUGAAAGGUGUCUCUAAGCUGAAGGAAAAGGCCGAUUACCAGCAUGCCUGUUUUGGAAACUACACAGCUGGUCACCAGGUUGGUGACGGACGGCCCGAGUGA